GUCAGUCGCCAGCCGCCCGUGCUGUACCAACCGGGAGUGGUAUAUUCUUUACGUUGUAAACUUUGUUUCCGUCAUCAUUAUAAUAAUAAGGCUUACGUAAGAUUACAACUGCCAAGAAUUCUGCUGGGCAAUGUUUGGAUUUCAGAACAAAGAGUAAGAGAAAGAUUGGGUACCGUGCGAAUACAUCAUAGGUUUGCCAACAAUUCCUGCAUUUCAAAAACCACGGGGGAUGCGAAAUCCGACGGGCGAUGGCAGGAUCAGCGUGGGGGUCGAGGUUCUGCCUUGUAUUGGCGGCAAUCACGAUCGUUAUCGCCAAUUAUCCACGGCAACGCGACAGACACCUGCGCGAGCAGCUCGUUAACAGCCACAAAAUCACCAGGAACAUCACUCAACUGCAAGAAAUAGUCGUCAAUCUGCCUCCCUUGCGAAUACCACGUUUGAGGCAUCACCGUGUCACGGAUUGGGAUCCGUAUUUCGAAAAUGCAGACGGCCAGGGUAUCAACGGCUCGCAAAAUGUGGCACUACACUUAGGUGCAACAGCCUAUCUUGAUUGCCGCGUCGCUAUGCUCUCUGGGAAGAAGGUAAUGUGGUUACGACGGAAUACCGAUUGGGCGUCCCUCUUAACUCUCGGGAACACUACCCACAUAUCGGACUCAAGAUACAGCGUGAGCUUUCAGUAUCCAAACAAUUGGAGAUUGGCCAUCUCCGGUGUACGGAGGGAAGAUCACGGAGUGUACGUUUGCCAAGUGAAUACGCAUCCGCCGAGGAUGCUGGUCACGAACGUCACCGUUCUUGCGCCGGAUAUUAGAAUCAUCGACGAAGCCAGACACGAGUUACGGGACCGAUACUACAAGACCGGAAGCGGAAUCGAGCUAGCGUGCGUCGUCCGGCCGUCCUGUCCGGACUCGAGGGUGCCGUAUCCCGUGUGGCGGAAAAAUGGCGAGACGUUGCCGGAUCACGUCAACGUUUAUCACAUUAAUGGGUCGAACGAGGAUCUGGUGACGAGGCUCUACAUCGAACGAGCGAAAAAGACUGACAGCGGUGAAUAUACGUGCUCAGUAAGCCAAUUCAGCACGGCCGCGGUACAUAUUCACGUCCUAAAUGGUGAAAAACAAGCUGCUGUCCACCACGAUCAAUGGAACGCAGCACGUACCAAUUGUUACGCAGCUCCUACUGGGUUCUGCGUUGUGUUCGCCAGUUUACUUCUUUACAUGUGGCAAAGUUAUUUUCUAUGAGGCUCAUUGGUAAUGUUAAGUUAUGUAUCGCGUCAGGUGGCACGUUGUAUCUUAUCAAGUUACAUGUUGUAUCGCGUCAAGUUACACGUACUUCGACGGCACUUCUGUAUGAGUUACGUUAUUAUACAUGUAUUACUUCGAGCUCAACAAAAUACGUGACUUUUGAUUAAUACGGUAGUACCGUUACGAAUACGAAUCCGUUGUAUAAAUCUGUGUCAGUAUUAUCGGAUUAUAAAUGAGGAAUAGAUAUUGAUAUUAAAAUAAAUAUUGUAUUUCUACGCUGUCAGAGUUCUAUUGUUUUAAACGAAAGAACAAUGUCACUUAUAGUCGCCAGUGA